AUGGAUCAAAACAGCAGUUGCGCUGAUAUGAAGGACAAGUGUGAUGACUCCACAUCAGGGCUUCUCCGCUUCAUGUGCGGUGAGACCUGUGGCUGUACUUCGCCCUACAGCAAUCCUUGGUAUCGUGUAAUUCAACAUGGCUGCACUGCAGCGUGUAUCGAAGAAGCCAGAGACGUUGCUUCACGGGCAGUUUGUGAGGACAUGGAUAUGACAGCUUCGCCCUGGAAGGACAUUUGGGUGCAGUUCUGGACUCAGUACCGCCAAGUGAUCCAUUCCCAUGGGAUUGAUCUUGAUGGUGAUGAUUUCGGGUACAUGAACGGUAUGAUUGGAAACAUGACGGUGAUGGGAUGUGCAGGAUUGCAGGUGAUUCCUUGGGGCGAGGAUAUCGUCUUCAAUACCAAGUUUUGCGAAGGCAGCCCCCUCUACUAUCGCGGCCUAGCGUAUUUCUGCCCGGUAAGCUGUGGCUGUAGUUCAGCUGAUCCCAUGCCGUCCUGGUGUCCUCGACUCUGCCAGGGCUGCAAGGACGCCGAGGAGUUUCCUCCUCAGGGUGUGGUGACCAAUUGUGCAGCUGCUAAAGCUGCAGGGUUGUGUGAGGCCUGGCCGGAGCACGCCUUGACCUUGUGUGCUGAGACCUGCGAACUUUGCCAUCUGCUUUCGGGUCCAAACUCCAGCAACUCCAACGGAACUCGGCGCUUGAGGUCAAUCGACAGCAAGACCUGA